AUGUUUCAGUUUUCUUGUCUUAUAUGCAAUCAGACGAUUGUGCCAUUUGCUUUCUUUUACAUGAAGUUCUUUCUUUCUUUCUUUCUACAAGUUCUUUUUUUUAUCCUUUUCCAUCUUUUUUCUUCAUUUUUUCUUACUUUCUUUCUUUCUUUCUUUCUUUCUACCAAGUUCUUUUUUUAUCCUUUUCCAUUUUUUCUUCAUUCAUUUCUUUCUUUCUUUCUUUCUUUCUUUCUUUCUUUCUUUCUACCAAGUUCUUUUUUAACCUUUUCCAUUUUUUCUUCAUUUCUUUCUUUCUUUCUCUUUCUUUCUUUCUUUCUUUCUUUCUUUCUUUCUUUCUUUCUUUCUAGAAGUUCUUUUUUUAUCCUUUUCCAUCUUUUUUCUUCAUUUUUUUCUUUCUUUCUUUGUUUCUUUCUUUAUUUCUAUCUUUUUUCUUUCUACCAACUUCUUUUUUUUAUCCUUUUCCAUUUUUUCUUCAUUUCUUUCUUUCUUUUCUUUUUCUUUUUCUUUCUUUCUUUCUUUCUUCCAAUUCUUUUUUUAUCCUUUUUCAUCUUUUUUCGUCAUUUUCUUUCUUUCUUUCUUUCUUUCUUUCUUUCUUUCUUUCUUUCUUUCUUUCUUAUCCUUUUCCACCUUUCUUUUUCUUUCUUUCUUUUCCUUUCUCUUCCUUUUUUUUCUAUCAAAUCCUUCUUUAUCAUCCUUGUCCAUCUUCCUUUAUUUUUUAUUUUUCUUUCCUUUUUUUUAUAUCCUUCUUUUUUCUUUCAUUUCUAUCAAGUUCUUUUUCAUCCUUUUCCUCCUUUCUUUUUCUUUCUUUUUUUCUCAGUGUUUUCUUUCUUUCUUUCUUUCUUUCUUCGGCUAAUUCGAAUUCUUUUCCUUUCUUUCUUUCUUUCUUUCUUUCUUUCUUUCUUUCUUUCUUUCUUUCUUUCUUCGGCUAAUUCGAAUUCUUUCUUUCUUUCUUCGGCUAAUUCGAAUUCUUUUCCUUUCUUUCUUUCUUUCUUUCUUUCUUUCUUUCUUUACUCUCAAGUUCUUUUUCUCCUACUCCAUCUUUCUCCACGAAUCUGUCUGUCUGUCUGCCUGUCUGUCUCUCUCUCUCUCUCUCUCUCUCUCUCUCUCUCUCUCUGUCUCAGUGUGUGUGUGUGA